GUUUUCUGAAUUGCACCAGAGCCUUAAAAUAAUAGCUUGAAAAGUACACAUGCAGCAUACUGAAUUUCUUUAACAAUAAUUAAUUUUGGUUUCUUCCUGUUUAACCAUAAUAUAAAAGAAGAGAAAGAAUUCAGAAGAGAAUGGAGAUUCAGAGUCAGAGAUCUGAAGUAGUACUUCAGCAGCAUCUGAUGAACAACUAGUCUCAGUUCAUCUAAAAAGCUUCAUUUUUCAGCUCUGUGUGUGUACUUCAGAUUUUGCAGAAACAAUUCAUAUCCACACAAAAAAAAACAGGUCAAAUGGGCAAGUUUUCAUCACUGUUUGGUGGAUUGUCAUGUAAGAACACUAAAAUGCCAGAGUCAUUUUACAUAAAGAUAGGGAAGAAAUGUGUGAACGAUGUUGGGAAAGAGGUGUUAAGAUCAAUGAUUAAAGAAGCUAAGAAGAAUGAAUUGAUACUGAAUUCUUCGGGUGUCGUUGAUGCGUGCGGUUCCAAGAAUUUCGCUUCCGUUUACUCUAAGAGAGGGAUGAAAGCCGCGAACCAGGAUUGCGUUCUAGUAUGGGAGGAAUUUGGAUGCCAAGAAGAUAUGAUGUUUUGUGGAGUGUUUGAUGGGCAUGGUACAUGGGGUCACUAUGUAUCGAAACAUGUAAGGGAUUCCAUGCCAUCAUCAUUGUUAAGGAAUUGGCAGGAGACCCUUGCUGCAGCUUCAGAUGAUCCCAAGUUUGAGUUGACGACGGAUAAAAAUGUUCGGCAGUUCAACAUAUGGAAGCAAGGAUACUUGAAAACUUGUGCUGCUGUUGACCGAGAGCUCAAGCAGCAUCGUACUGUAGAUGCAUUUAACAGCGGUACCACUGCUGUGACAAUUGUCAGACAGGGAGACAACAUCUUCAUAUCGAAUGUUGGAGAUUCUCGUGCGGUGUUAGCAACGGCUUCUGACGAUGGCACGUUGGUUCCAGUUCAGCUUACAAUGGACUUCAAGCCAAACAUACCACAGGAGGCAGAACGGAUAAUGCAAUGCAACGGAAGGGUGUUUUGCUUAGACGAUGAACCAGGUGUGCAUAGAGUAUGGUUACCAGCUGAGGAAAAACCUGGAUUAGCAAUGUCAAGAGCCUUGGGAGAUUUCUGCGUCAAAGACUUUGGUGUUAUUUCAGUUCCUGAAGUCACACAAAGGAGUAUAACCAGUAAAGACCAGUUCAUUAUCCUUGCCACGGAUGGGGUAUGGGAUGUCAUCUCAAAUCAAGAAGCAGUUCAAAUUGUUUCUUCAACACCGGAUAAACGGAAAGCAGCUAAAAGAAUAGUGGAAUGUGCUGCACGCGCAUGGAAACGUAAAAGACGAGGAAUAGCUGCAGAUGAUAUUUCUGCUAUUUGCCUUUUUUUCCACCCUUAUGCGUCCACCGUCUCUAAAGUCUAAAGUCUCAAAUACUGUACUAAAUUGUAAGCUUUAGGUUAGGCAAUUGUCUGGGUUAGGGCCAUGUUCCCAUUCUAUGUCACUAUUCAGAAGGCAAAAAGGGCCUUCAGUCUCAAUGCCAUUCCGUGUCAGUAAGAAGGCAAAAAAGGGCCUUCAAUCUCAAUGCAAUUCCGCUACUUCGGACUUUUCUGUAAUGUCUGCUGUAUUCACUCCGACAGAUGCAGCAUUGCUUCUCCACUAAUGAUGUAUGUUCUCUGCUGCAUUUUACUUUAGCGGUCAGAUAAUGCUGCUACGGGAACUCCUUCCAGAUUGUAAAAACGAAAAACUAUCUAAAGACUAGCUAGCUGAGUGAUUGAGGAAUUGCCCUGAUUGCCUUUUUCAUUCCCUCUUCCACUCA